UUAUUUUUAACACUGGGCGGGCCGGCGCUUGCGAGAAUGCUGUGCGCACUGAGCUCAUGCCUGUCAUCCCGGAGGGUACUCUUGUCUUCUGCCCUGAUGUGAAAGCGGUCUGUAUCGAUAAAACACGGGGAAAAUAAGGAUUCUGUCAGCCAAAUAGGGCCACGUCCGCGCCAGCAUGACUUCCACCACCGACUUCGACAACGUGGAGAUCCAGCAGCAGUACACUCGCAUCAACACGCGCUUCGAACUGGGCGAUGAGGAGCUGGACAAUGACAACAGCUCGGCCCGGGUCUUCGAAAGGUCUCGCAUCAAGGCGCUCGCAGACGAGCGUGAGGCUGUACAGAAGAAAACCUUCACGAAAUGGGUGAACUCUCACCUGGCCAGAGUGAGCUGCCGGAUUUCGGACCUGUACCUGGACCUGCGAGACGGUCGCAUGCUCAUCAAGCUGUUGGAGGUCCUCUCCGGGGAGCGACUGCCCAAGCCCACGAAGGGCCGGAUGAGGAUCCACUGCCUGGAGAACGUGGACAAGGCCCUGCAGUUCCUCAAGGAACAGAGAGUCCACCUGGAGAACAUGGGCUCUCAUGACAUCGUCGACGGCAACCACCGCCUCAUCCUGGGCCUCAUCUGGACCAUCAUCCUCCGCUUCCAGAUUCAAGAUAUUAUAGUGGAAACACAAGACAGUCGAGAGACGCGCUCAGCGAAGGAUGCUCUGCUCUUGUGGUGCCAGAUGAAGACAGCGGGGUACCCGAAUAUAAACAUCACCAACUUCACAUCUUGCUGGAAGGAUGGCAUGGCCUUCAACGCUCUCAUCCACAGGCACAGACCGGACCUGGUGGAUUUUAACAAGCUGCAGAGAUCCAACCCCACUCACAACCUACAGCAUGCAUUUCAGGUCGCGGAACAGAAACUAGGCAUCACAAAACUGCUUGAUCCCGAGGAUGUGUUUACGGAGAACCCUGAUGAAAAGUCCAUCAUCACCUACGUUGUGGCAUUCUACCACUAUUUUUCCAGGAUGAAGGCGCUGGCUGUCGAAGGAAGGAGGGUUGGCAGGGUGCUUGAUCAUGCCAUUGAAACAGAGAAAAUGAUCGACAAGUACGAAUCUCUGGCUUCAGACCUGUUGAACUGGAUUAAGCAGACCAUCGUCAUUCUGAACAGCCGCAAGCUCGCCAACUCGCUGACUGGAGUACAGCAGCAGCUGCAGGCCUUCAACUCUUACCGCACCGUGGAGAAGCCCCCAAAGUUCCAGGAGAAAGGCAACCUUGAGGUUCUGUUGUUUACCAUCCAGAGCCGAAUGAGAGCCAACAACCAGAAAGUGUACACACCUCGAGAGGGCGCCCUUGUGUCUGACAUCAACAAGGCUUGGGAGAAUCUGGAGAAGGCUGAGCAUGAGAGAGAGCGUAUCCUGAGGAAUGAGCUCAUCAGGCAGGAAAAGCUGGAGCAGCUUGCCCGUCGCUUUGACAGGAAAGCCGCCAUGAGAGAGACCUGGCUUGUGGAAAACCAGAGGCUGGUGGCGCAGGAUAACUUUGGCUAUGACUUGCCUGCAGUGGAGGCAGCAAAGAAGAAGCACGAGGCCAUUGAGACGGACAUCGCAGCCUACGAGGAGAGAGUGCAGGCCUUAGUGGCGGUGUCCGAGGAGCUGGAGGCUGAGAAGUACCACGAUGCCAAGCGGAUCAAUGCACGGAAGGACAACAUCCUGAGGCUGUGGGAGUACUUGCUGGAGCUCCUGAGUGCCCGGCGCGGCCGUCUGGAGACUAACCUGACCCUGCAGAAGACCUUCCAAGAGAUGCUGCACAUCAUCGGCUGGAUGGACGAGAUGAAGACUCGGCUCCUGUCCCCUGAUUUUGGGAAGCACCUGCUGGAAGUGGAGGACCUGCUGCAGAAGCACGCACUGGUGGAGGCCGACAUCGCUGUGCAGGCAGACAGAGUGAGGUCAGCCAACGCCACCAGCCUCCAGUUCGCCGAGGGAGACGGCUACAAGCCGUGUGAUCCCCAAGUGAUCCGGGACCGAGUACAGCACCUGGACCUGUGCUAUCAGGAGCUCUGUGCCCUGGCAGCCCAGCGCAAGGCCCGACUGGAGCAGUCGAGGAGGCUGUGGAACUUCUUCUGGGAGAUGGCAGAGAUUGAGAGCUGGAUCAAGGAAAAGGAGCAGAUCUUCUCCUCCCUGGAUUACGGGAAGGACCUGACCAGCGUGCUGAUCUUGCAGAGCAAGCACAGCGCCUUUGAGGACGAGCUGGCGGCACGGCGGGCUCAUCUACAGCAGACAGUGACGGAGGGCGAGAGGAUGGUCCAGGCGAAGCACUUUGGGGCUCCCAAGGUCAAGCAGCGCACGGCGGACGUGGUUCAGCAGUGGGAACAGCUGGAAGACCUGGCUGCCUUCCGUAGGCGCAACCUCCAGGACACCCAGAGGUACUUUCAGUUCCAAGGGGACGCGGAUGACUUGAAGGCCUGGCUGCUGGACGCCCGCCGCCUCAUGUCCAGCGAUGACAUGGGUCAUGACGAGUAUUCGACGGAGCUCCUGCUGAAGAAGCACAGAGACCUUCACGACGAGGCGCUGAAGAACGGGGCUACCCUCGAAACCCUGAGCAAGCAGGCAGACAGCUUGCCAGAGGAGCUCCGCAACACCCCUGACAUCCAGCGCCGGCUGAACGACAUCAGGGAUCUGUAUGUGGACCUUCUGUCCCGGUCCGAACUGCGUAAGAAGAAACUGCAGGAUGCCUUGGCACUCUACACUAUCUUCAGCGACACGGAUGCCUGUGAAUUGUGGAUGAACCAGAAGGAAACGUGGCUGGUGGGGCUAAAGACCCCCAAGAAGUUGGAGGACCUUGAAGUGGUCCAGAACAGGUUGGAAAUUCUGGGCCAGGAAAUGGACAACGUUGAGUCCCGAGUUGAAAAUGUCAACAAAGCAGCCAAACAGCUAGAGGACAGCCGGCACCCCAGUAUGAGGGAGGUGAAAGACUGUCAGAACCAUCUUAACAGGAGGUGGGCUGCCUUUAAGAAGAUGGUGGAGGAGAAGAAGAGGAACGUGGACUUUGCUCUCAGUCUGCACAAUUAUGGGCUGGAGUGCGACGAGACUCAGACCUGGAUCCAGGAGAAGACGCGGGUGAUCGAAUCCACCCAGUACCUGGGUAAUGACCUCGCUGCAGUCAUGACCAUCCAGAGGAAGCUCUAUGGCAUGGAGAGAGACCUGGCAGCAAUCCAAGACAAGCUGAAUUUCCUCAAGGGGGAGGCACAGCGGCUGGCAGCCGAGCACCCAGAGAACGCCAAGGACAUCCUGGGCCGGGAGAGGGAGCUGGACAGGGCCUGGGAGGAGCUGCGGCAGACCCUGAAGGACCGGGGGGAGUCCCUGGGUGAGGUCAGCAAGCUGCAGACCUUCCUCCAAGAUCUGGAUGACUUCCAGGCCUGGCUUUUUAAGACGCAGAAGGGCAUCGCGUCCGAAGAGAUGCCCAACUCCCUCCCGGAGGCCGAGCAGCUUCUCAGCCUCCACGACGCCAUCAGAGAUGACAUGAACCAGCACGAGGAGGACUAUCACCGGGUGAAGGACACGGGUGCCGUGGUGACCGAAGGGGAGACCGACCCUCAGUACCAGCAGCUAGAACAGAGGCUGAAGGGGCUGGACACUGGCUGGGACGAGCUGCGCAGGAUGUGGGCCAGUAGGAAGAACUUCUUGGGCCAGGGGCUGGACUUCCAGCAGUUCCUCAGAGAUGCCAAGCAAGCAGAGUCCAUUCUGAACAGCCAGGAAUACACUCUUGCGCACUCUGAGCGACCAGACACUCUGGAUGGUGCUGAGACAGCUUUGCGAAAGCAUGAAGAUUUCAUGAACACCAUGGCUGCCAAUGAAGAAAAGAUUGCCGAUGCCGUUGACAGUGGGCAAAGACUGGUAGACAGUGGAAACAUUUACUCAGAGAGGGUUAAGGAUAAGAUUCAGUCAAUUAAAGACAGGUACAAGUCUAAUCAAAGAAAAGCCAAGGAGGUGUCUGCUAAACUUAAAGACAACCGAGACCUUCAGCAUUUCCUGCAGAACACCCAGGAUCUCAUGCUGUGGAUCAAUGAGAAGAUGCUGACGGCUCAGGACACCUCGUACGAUGAGGCCCGAAAUCUGCACAGCAAGUGGCAGAAGCACCAGGCUUUCAUGGCAGAGCUGGCUUCCAACAAGGGCUGGCUGAACAAGAUCGACCAGGAAGGAGAGGAGCUGAUGCGUGCCAAGCCGGAAUUUCAACCCAUUGUGACGGAGCGCCUGGAGAAACUGCACCGGCUGUGGGACGAGCUGGAGACCACCACCCAGGACAAGGCAAAGACCCUCUUCGACGCCAACCGCUCCGAGCUCUUCGACCAGAGCUACGCUGACCUCGCCAAGUGGCUGCAAGAGACCACUCUGCAGCUGCAAGCGGAUGGAGACAUCAAGGACCUCACGAGUGCCAAUAUCCUGCUUAAGAAGCAGCAGGUGAUGGAGAACCAGGUGCAAGAGCACCAGAAAGAGCUGGAGGAGUUGCAGGCCCAGGUUCAGGUUCAUGCCCCACUGGGGAAGGAGAGGCCAGAGAUGGAGACUAAGCACAAGACCCUGGAGCAGAAGUUUCAGCAGCUCCUCACCCCCCUCCAGGAGCGAAAGGAGAAACUGCUGGCGGCCAAGGCUGUGCAUCAGUUCUACCGUGACUUAGCUGACGAAAUUCUUUGGGUGGAAGAGCGACUGCCCCUGGCCGAGGCUACCAACCAUGGGAAGAACCUGCAGGCUGUCCAGCUGUUGACAAAGAAGAACCAGACCCUGCAGAGGGAGAUUGAGGGGCACCAACCACGAGUGGAUGAGGUCCUGAACAGGGGAGACAGGAUGGCCACCUCUGAGAACCCUGAAUCAGAGAAGAUAAGGCAACAGAUGAAGGAGCUUCAGGAAAUCUGGGUGAAGCUGCAGGAGGAGACAGCUAAAAGACAGGGGCGCCUGCGGGGGGCUCAAGAAGCCCAGCAGUACUACAAUGAUGCAGCGGAGGCUGAGGCCUGGAUUGGCGAGCAGGAGCUGUACAUGAUUGCUGAUGAAACAGCUAAGAAUGAACAGAGUGCAGUGGUGAUGCUGAAGAGACACCUGAUCCAGCAGCAGGCUGUGGAGAACUAUGCCAAUUCUGUCAAGAACCUGGCUGACAGGGCCCAAAAAAUGUUGGCUGAGGGCCACCCUGAGGGAGAGCAGGUCAUCAGAUGUCAAGGGCAGGUGGAUAAGCAGUACGCCAGUCUGAAAGAGCUGGCAGAGGAGCGCAGGAAGAAGCUGGAUCACACCUACCACCUAUUCCAGCUGAGCCGUGAGGUGGAAGACCUGGAGCAGUGGAUCGCUGAGCGUGACCUGAUGGCAUCCUCGCAGGAGAUGGGGCAGGACAUCGACCACGUCACACUGCUCAGGGAGAAGUUCCGGGAGUUUGCGCGGGAAACGGGCACCAUCGGGCAGGAGCGCGUGGACAACGUGAACCUGCUGAUCGACGAGCUGAUCGACUCCGGGCACAGCGAGGCGGCCACCAUGGCGGAGUGGAAGGACAACGUGAACGAGAGCUGGGGGGACCUGCUGGAACUGAUCGACACUCGCACCCAGCUGCUCAACUCCUCCUACGACCUGCACAAGUACUUCUACGAUGGCAAGGAGCUGGUGGCCCUCAUCCAGGAGAAGCACACGCAGCUCCCCAUGGACCUGGGGGGAGACGUCAGCACCGCCGAGUCCUUCCACCGGAUGCACGCCGCCUUCGAGAGAGACAUCCACUCCCUGGGGAAACAGGUCAAGCAGUUCCAGGAGACGGCCGCUCGCCUGCAUGCGCAGUACGCUGGGGACCAGGCCGCCGCCAUCCAGGCCACUGAGCACGAGGUGGUGGAGGCGUGGAAGGCUCUGCUAGACGCCUGCGACGGGCGGCGCUCGCAGCUGGUGAACACCGCCGACAAGUUCCGCUUUUUCAGCUUGGUGCGUGACCUCAUGGCCUGGAUGGAGAGCAUCAUCCAGCAGAUAGAAACACAGGAGAAGCCCAGGGAUGUAUCAUCUGUUGAGCUCCUUAUGAAGUAUCACCAGGGCAUCAAGUCAGAGAUCGAAACUAGGAACCCCAAAUUCACAGCGUGUAUUGAGCUGGGGAAAGCGCUUUUGGCACGCAGACACCAGGAAUCUGAAGAGAUUAAAGAAAAGCUGAUCCAGCUGACCGAGAAGAACAGGGAGAUGAUGGGCAAGUGGGAUGACAGAUGGGACUGGCUUCGUCUCUUGCUGGAGGUGUGCCAGUUUGCAAGAGACGCCUCCGUGGCUGAGGCCUGGCUCAUUGCUCAGGAGCCCUACAUGGCUAGUCGAGACCUUGGACAGACAGUGGAUGAGGUGGAGAAACUGCUCAAGAGACAUGAGGCCUUUGAAAAGUCAACAGCCACCUGGGAGGAGAGGUUUUCUGCUCUGGAGCGGCUGACAACGUUGGAAUUACUUGAAAUUCGGAAAAAGCAAGAGCAAAUACGUCAAAUGAGACAGGAGGAGGAAAAGCGGAUUAAAGAGGAGAUGAGGAGAAGAGAGAUGGGCGAUACUGCGGACACCUUACAGCUCUACACCCCAGAGGAACAGUCUUUGACGGGGUCUGCAGCAGAGCAGAGGCCCGCUCCGCUGGAUGAGACCGCAGCCCCAGACAGACCGGAGACGAGCUCAGGAAAGAGACCGUCACUGCCUGGCCCGCUGCCGCCCCCUGUGGAGAGCGAGAGAGCCGCCACACUGCCCUCCGAGACUCAGUCUGUGCAGCCUGCACUGCUGGAGGGGAUGCUUGUACGCAAACACAGCCUGGAAGGGCCUGGCAAGAGAGCCUCCAAUAGGUCAUGGAACAGUCUGUACUGUGUGCUGAAACCUGGUGAACUGUCUUGCUAUAAAGAUGCAAAGAGCUUCUAUCUGGGAGUUACAUACCAUGGAGAAGAUCCUCUGUCUCUCAGCGAUGCAGUCUGUGAAAUUCUAACGAAUUACAAAAAGAAAAAACACGUGUUCAAAUUGAGGCUUGGGGAUAGCAGUGAGUACCUCUUCCAGUGCAAAGAUGAGGAGGAGCUGCAGAACUGGACCCAGGCACUAGAGAGCGCUGCAGCCCCUCAGGGAGAGUCCCAGAGCAGCUACGGGACGCGUGCUCGCAGCCUGCCGCCCCUCUCCUCCAGCACCGCGGGCGACACUGGCAGUGCCAAGAAAGACAAGGAAAAGAGGUUUAGUCUGUUCACCAAGAAGAAAUAACACUGCUCACACCAGGGCCACCCGCCCCACUCGGACAGUGAAUAUUGAAAACCAUGGUGCACUGCCUUUUCUUUUUAAAUUACCAAUGAUUUAUUAGAAUUAAACCUGUAAGGUGAUUGAGAAUGGAACUCACACUUUGUCCUCUGUAUUCAAACCUACAAUGCUAGAUUCACUUGACAACACUGGUUUUGAGUUUGAAGGGUCAAGAAAUGUUUUCACAGCCAAACAACCAAAGAUCAUUUUAAGGAAUUUUCCUUUUUUCUUAAGAAUCGCAUGCUGAAGCAAGAUGUUAUUACCUACAAUAUAUGACUUGCAAUGUUUUGCCUUACUCGCCUAGAAAGAAAUGAUUGUAAAAUGUAAUUCUGUACUGUCAGCUUCGAAAGUAAAACCUGGGGCAGGCUUUGGUAGAUUUGUAAAAUGCAGUUUCUACAAGAUAUUAAGAGGGAUUUUCUGGAAUAAUUCAUGUCAACAUACAGCCCAUCUGCAAGUGAAGCAGCGCUGUACAGCGCUGUCUAGAACAGAAACCCCAAUAAGUGGUAGUGUACAAUUCUACUGCCCUUUACUUUCAGAUACCACUACAACCUAAACAUAUUUUUCCGUUCUCUAGCAAACAAAGAGAAACAAUCAGAUUUACAGGAAGAUUCUGGAAGGGUAGCACUCUGAUAAUUCAAAGAUUGUCCCACAUAUCAAGGUUUUUUCAAAUUCAACUUCAAUUUAAACUAAUGUAAAAUGCACACCAGAAGGCAGUUCUUUAGUAACAGCUGUGGGUUAAAAGACAUUUUAAAGACUUCUUUAAUGCAACUAAGUCUACAAAGAAAAAAAACUUUUGUGAGUUUUCAGCUAAAACCAAAAUGGCUCAGAAAGAACAGAAGAGCAAGGCAAUCGUUCAUUUAAUGAUCAAGGGGACAACUGUUAACUGGUGCUAGAGGGGAUACGAGUGAAGUUAACACUCCUUGAUUUUAUUUCAAAUUUUGGAUUUGAGCUGUGGAGAAAAACCUGAAGAUGCUGAAGUUAACAUUGUAAAAAAAUAAUUAUUAAAAAAAUGUUGCUGUUCUGUCACUGGCUUUACCACAAGAAUUCCAGGCUAAAGGCACACACAAAGAAUUGUAUGGAGUUCAACUAAUCCACUCCAGUAUUUUUUUUUAUUUUAUAAAAAUAUUUGUAUUCUUCUGUAUACUACAGAUACACUAUAGUUUUUCUGUAUUCUGUAGGGAAAAGAGCACCAAAGUCAUUGCAAAGACUGUAGUAGUGAGGGGGAACCACUACCGAGCUUUUGAACUCCAAAAUACAGGGAAUUCUAUUUGGAAUAUGCAUUGAUAUUAAGACUUCUUAUAUUUAUUAUCUAUUUACUGAAUUUGCUCUUUACCAAAUGAUUGAAAUCGCCGUUUUUAUUUAGUUCUCUUUAAGGGGCAUUAGAAUUGUUUGCCUUAACAAUGGCUGAUCAACAAUGCCUUGCGUUGUUUCCUUUCUGUCUAUGAAGUGUACACUGUUUCUGUCAGUUGUUUCUUGCUGUUUGCAUUGUUUUCUCCACUUAAAGCUAUAAAUACUCACAAUGCCCAUUUUCCUAUGCUUUCUUCCUUUUCUUUUUUUUAAAGCAUUCAUUUUACAUAUUUUCAAAAUGUUUGAAAAUAUAGUAUUUAUCCUCAGGAGACUUUCUGAGAAGUUAAAUACAACUGAGAAUUAAUAAAACAAUUUGAAGAACAGCAACUUA